AGCUAUGACACCAUGAAAAAUAGGAAAUGAGGUUUUUUCGCGCCCUGCGUCCAAACCGUCACUCAACACCGACUAGACAGAAUUUGCUGAGUGCUGAAGUAGUCGAUGAGAAAUUAUCAUUUCUCAAUCGAGAUACGGACUUGAUAGAAAAGGCGGAUCCGAACCCCUACCUGCUGAAACCCGACUACCCCCAUGAAGCAUCCGAGCGGAGAGGCUCUUACCUUCAAGAUGUGAGCGAGAAACUUGUUCGGUAUUCUAAGGACUUCGGUCGAGCGGUGAAGUCUAGUCGGCGGAAUAUCGAGUUGAAACAUACUAUGAUUGACUUUGGCGAGACCACAACUGCUCAUGGAAUUCCUAUGAUUCUCAACACUGAUCGGCUUUCACUUCGCAUCUUCUGGAUUAUAUUUAGCUUGAUAUCGAUGAUUUGUUUUUGUUUUCAAUGUUAUCUAGUGGUCGAAAAAUUUCAAAAGAAGGAAAAAAUAGUAAAUGUUGAGCUAGAAUUUGAAUCAGCGCCAUUUCCUGCCAUUACUAUAUGCAACUUAAAUCCGUUCAAGAAACAUCUAGCCCGAAGCGUACCUGAAAUAAGUGAAACGUUGGACGCAUUUCAUCAAGCAGUCACUUACAGUAAUAACGCUAAUAAUGAAGAAAUUCGAGAGCGAAGGAAACGAAGUAUAAAUAAGCACGCCGAUUUUCGCUUCCUUCAGUACGAACCUGUGUACUCGGCAUGUGAUUGCAUUCGGGGUAAAGAUCAAGAAUGUGUGGGUAACGAAUCCAUCCCUGCAUCACUGGAAGACGCUUGCAUUUGUAAUUAUGAUCGACAAGAUGGCACUGUAUGGCCUUGCUAUAGUACGCGCACGUGGGAACGAGCAAUAUGCCCAGAAUGUAAUGAUAUAGGAUACUGCAAUGUACCAAAUACUACAGGAACCGAUGCAAUUCCUUGUGUUUGUCAGCUGAAUAUGGGCUAUUGCAUACUCCAAGUUGAAAAGAGACUCAAGCGAGUUUGGGAGUUUCGAGGAAGAAAGGUGCCUGAAGCUGGAAGCCCAUUUCGUAGUGAUUUUUUGGAACAUUUGAAAAAACUUGGAUAUGGAAAUAUGACCGAUCAAGUGGCGAUCACUACCAGGGCCAGGGAGAAGCUUAUCUUGAGAAUGUCCGCUUUACCGCCUCAGCGACGUGCCGCUCUAGGAUACGGGAAGUCUGAGCUCAUUAAACAGUGUUCUUUCAACAGUAUGCAGUGCGAUAUAGAAAAAGAAUUCAAGCUACAUAUCGAUCCUGCUUUUGGAAAUUGUUACACAUUCAACGCUGAUCCAAACAAGAUUCAUUCGAGCAGUAGAGCUGGGCCCAGUCAUGGUUUGCGCUUGAUGGUGUUUGUAAACACAUCCGACUAUCUUCCCACGACAGAAGCUACAGGAGUCCGAAUUGCAAUACAUGGACAAAGAGAGUGCCCUUUUCCGGAUACAUUUGGCUAUUCUGCACCAACUGGAGCUGUUUCUUCUUUUGGAAUGUCACUUAGAAAGGUGAAUCGGCUUGAAAAUGGGGACUGCUUCAAUCCAGACACACCUCUCCCAACCGGGUACAUCUACCGCGAGUAUCAGUAUGAACCUGAGGGAUGUUAUCGAAAUUGCUACCAAAAACGUAUCAUAAAUCGAUGCGGCUGCGCUGAUCCACGAUUUCCACUACCUUCAAGUUCUGUCAGUGUUUGUGACAUACGAAUCGAGCCAAUAAGAGACUGUUUGCUGGCUGAGAGUGUGCGAAUGACGAAAAGGAAGUCCUGUCGAUGUACUCAUGCUUGUAAACAGGAUGUUUACACCACCACCUACUCAGCAGCAAAAUGGCCGUCGAAAAGUGUGCGCAUGGAAUGCGCUGAAAAGGACUGCAAUGAGUACUAUAGCGAACAUGCUGCUAUGCUAGAAAUCUACUAUGAGCAAAUGAGCUACGAGGUUUUACGAGAAUCUGAAUCGUACUCAUUCGUGAAUCUCAUAUCCGAUAUCGGAGGUCAGAUGGGAUUAUGGUUAGGAGCAUCGGUUCUUACUGCCAUCGAGAUUCUCAUUUUUCUCAUUAGCGUGGUUUCCAUUGCUUUGGGAACUCAUCUGAGGUACGGUGACAAGGAUAAAACCGCUGGGAAGAAGUCACGUGACGAAGACGUUAGUCGAAAAGCAUCCACGAAAACUAAUUACGAGGCCGAAUAACUUUGUUAGAACAAAAUUGCUUAGCGAUGAUUAUCUGUUUAUCUAAGUCGAUCUCAUUUGAAUUGCUCCGCGUUCAAGUGAACGCCAUAUUGUGAAUCUCACCAAUACGAGUAUAAGAGUUCGAAUACAUUUUGUUUUUCUUAUUGCCAUUUUCGAACUCCAUUCUAUUGCCACUAUUCGAUUGAAUAGAAAAUAAAGC